AUGCCCCGGCGGAAGCAGAGCCACCCGCAGCCGGUGAAGGGUGAGUGCGCGGCGGGGUCGGGGCGCGGCGGCGGCGGCGGCCCGGCGGUGACCCGCGGCCCUCGGUGUGUUGCAGCAGACGCCGAGGACGGCCCCGAAGAGACGGCGGGAGCGGCGCUGGUGCUGCCCGGCGACCUGCUGCUGGGCCGCGGCCUGGCCUUCGAGAAGGGACCGCCAGCAGACACCCUGGUGGGGAAGAUCGCCAUCCCGGCAUACGCCCUGAGCGACGACGACUGCUCCUCUGGGUACCAGCAGCUCAGUGUGGAGAGUGACCCCGAGGAAGGCGGGGAGCCUGGCCCCGCAGCGCUGCCCUGCCGCCAGUGCGGGCUGCAGCUGGCUGCCAGCCUGGGGCAGAGCUGCCUGCAGUGUGCCGGCACCGAGGGGGGACGCAGCCAGCGCAUCGUGUACUCCUGCCAGCUCUGUCCCUUCGCUUCCCACUACUCCAGCCACCUCAAGCGCCACAUGAAGACACACAACGGGGAGAAGCCGUUUGCGUGUCCGCAGUGUGCCUAUGCUUCUGCCCAGCUGGUGAACCUGACCCGACACCUGCGCACGCACACGGGGGAGAAGCCCUACCGCUGUACGUGCUGCAGCUUUGCCUGCAGCAGCCUGGGCAACCUCAAGCGCCACGAACGGGUCCACAGCCAGGACAAGCCCUUCCAGUGUGCCACCUGCGACUAUCGCUGCAACCAGAGCCGCAACCUGAAGCGGCACAUGCUCAGCCACCGCCUGCCCGAAGGCGAGGGGCCACACCGGCGGGACAAGGACCCAGAGCCACUGCUGCCGGAGCUGAGCCUGCAUGUGGGCAGUGGCAGCGGCCCCUUCCUGCCCGGCUGUGCUCGGCUGCGGGGCGAGGAGGCAGCCGCGCUGCCUGAGCUGCUCUUCCCCUUCACAUGCCGCAUGUGUGGGCUGGUGCUGGACGACGGGUUCGCGCAGGAUGAGGGCCUGGCUGAGCAGGUCUGUGGGCGCUGCAGCCUGGCAGUGCUGGGCACCGAGCCGGGCGCCAGCCCCCGCAAGGGCACUGGGGACAAAGGCUUUGCCUGCAGCCUCUGCCCCUUUGUCACCCACUACCCCAACCACUUGGCGCGGCACAUGAAGACACACAGUGGGGAGAAGCCGUUCGCCUGCCCACUCUGCCCCUACGCCUCCGCCCAUCUUGACAACCUGAAGCGGCACCAGCGAGUGCACACAGGCGAGAAGCCCUACAAGUGCCAGCUCUGCGACUACGCUUGCGGCAACCUGGCCAACCUCAAGCGUCAUGGGCGCAUCCACUCGGGCGACAAGCCCUUCCAGUGCAGCCUCUGCAGCUACAGCUGCAACCAGAGCAUGAACCUGAAGCGGCACAUGCUGCGGCACACGGGCGAGAAGCCCUUCCAGUGCCGGGACUGCCCCUACACCACUGGCCACUGGGACAACUACAAGCGCCACCAGAAGAUCCACGGCCACACAGCUGAGAGCUGGGUAAACCCGCGUAAUGCCAAAGCCCUCCUGGCCCCUCCAGCCGUGGGCACGGCCUUGCCCUGAAACAGCACUUAGCCAGGCUGCAGGGGCUCCCAGCCCUGCGUGGGGCCCGGGGUGCCUCAGCCCUGGGGCACCCCAGCCGCGUGCUGGCCACAGCCCCUG